AUGGAAUGUCGUGCAUUUCGUGGUGUAUCCAAUCGUGUAAAUAUAACUUUCAGUAAAAUUUGCAAUGGUAUUUUGGAGGAUCUUUCUGACGCUGAUAACAAUACUGAUGAAUCAGAUUGUUCAAUGGAUGAAUGGCGCUGUUUGACACCAUAUACAAAAUGUGAUAAUACUUGGCAUUGUCUAGAUGGGCACGACGAAUUAGGUUGUAAAAAUAGCAUUCCAAAAUCAGGAUUCUGCACCAAACAAUCACAUUUUUGCUUGGAUAUAGUGACUAGUCUACCAAUAUGUUUAGCUCGAUCAAAAGCCGCCGACGGCUAUAUUGAUUGUGUAGGAUCAACAGAUGAACGAGCUUUUUGCCGAAUAAAAUACAAGAAUAAUCGAAUGAAUCGAUAUCGAUGUCGUAAUUCUGAUAUAUGCAUAACACCAUUCCAAGUAUGUGAUUGUCAUCAAGAUUGUCCAGAAAAUGAUGAUGAAACACUUGCAUGCAUUUGGAUCAAUAAUGGACGAAAACCAUUUUGUGAUGAGUCGAAAUUUCGAUGUCGUAAUGGAAAAUAUAUAGAAUGUGGUGAGAAGAUUUGCCGAUGUCGAUCAGAUUGGAUAUAUUGUUCGGAAGGUGAACAUCUACUAUUUUGCGACUUAAUUAAUCUGUCCUUGCAUCCAGCAUUUACAAUGAAUGAGCUAGAAAAAUAUUCAAAUGUGACAAAACAUCGAGUCUUAACAAUGCAACAGAUAACUGAACAUGUUAAUACUCAGCAGUGCAAUCAAGGAUUGCAUGUCCGUUCGGCAAGUAGUUCAAUCCGAUUCUAUUGCUUGUGUUCGGAUCAUUACUAUGGUGACCGUUGUCAAUAUCAACGUAAACGAGUUAGUCUUAUUCUUCGACCAUCCAUUACAGACUCGUUUGAUCAUCAAUCAUCAUUCAAAAUAGUUGUUUUGUUGGUACACCAAAAUACAACCAUUGUAUCACACAAUCAAUUCUUAUAUGAACCACAAUUUCUAUGUUUACCAAAAUAUUAUCUUACAUUACUUUAUCCAAUCAAUAUAUCAUGGUCAUCAUCAUCAUUAUCAUCCAAUUAUUCUGUACAUAUUUAUAGUUUUACUUCACAAACACUUGAAAAACGUAGUUCAUGGCAAUUUGAUGUUCCAUUUCACUUCUUACCUGUAAAUCGAAUAGCAAAACGUCUUUUGAUUGCUGAUACAGUUCUAACAACAACAAUAUCAUCAUGGUCUAAAAUCUACAAUGGUAAUUGUAGUUCAUGUUCAGAAACAGCUAUCUGUAUUGGAUAUGAUAUAGAUAUUGGUCGAGACAUUUGUAUUUGUCCUUUAAAUCGUACUGGUCGUCGAUGUCUUAUUCCAUUUAAUCCAUGUACUAAGCAUAGUUGCAAUGGUCAUGGUCGAUGCAUUCAAAGAGAUGCACGCUUUGAUCCGAAAUUUCAAUUUCGAUGUGUCUGUGAUGAUGGAUGGAACGGUGAUUUUUGUGAAGUUUCUUCAGCAAUUAUUUAUAUAUCAUUUGCGAAAGAUAUUGAUAUUUCGAUCUUCAAGAUUACAUUGAUUCAUGUUUAUAACCUAGAAGGAACGCCGUUGUCUACAACUUAUUUUCAUCGUUUAUCACGUGAAACAUCAAAUAUUACUGUCUUUUUGGAUACAUUUGCACUUCUUCACGGUCUAAUCUUCAUUCAAAUGUAUAAAAGUCUUGAUGAAUUUGACACUUACCUAUUGAUGGAAUAUGAAGAGAGAUAUAACCAUGGUUGGAAAAAUAUUAGUGGCGAGAUUCAUCCUUCUCGUCGUUGCCGAUCGAUAAAUGAAUUAUUCAAUAUGUCAGUAAUUGCUCAACCACCAUUGCGUCGUGUUAAAUAUUAUCAACAACCAUGUUUAAAAAGAAAAUCUGGUGAAACAUUUCUAUGCUUUUAUGAUGAACAACUCAUGUGUCUUUGUGAUAGGACAAAUUAUGCUAAUUGUUUCAAUCUUAAUUCAGGAUCUUUGUCGUGUCCAUGGAAUAAAUGUAGCAAUCGAGGAAAAUGUAUUCAAACGUACGAAAAAUGUCCAACUGCCUCCUUUUGUUUCUGCGAACCAUGCAGUUAUGGAUCAAUUUGUCAAUUCACAACAAGUGGUUAUGCAAUGUCACUUGAUACAAUUCUUGGCUCACAUGUACAUAGGAGGACUCCUAAUAUUCUAAAUCAGACAACUACCAUUCAGAUCAGUGUAGGUAUACUUAGUACUGUCAUUUGUAUUGGAAUUUUACUUAAUAUAUUCGCCAUCGGUACAUUUGCUGAAAAAAAUACUCGUCAAGUUGGUAGUGGUCUUUAUUUACUCAUUUCAUCAUUGCUCGGUCUUUUUACUUUGAUCAUAUUGAUGUGUA